AUGAUUCUUACUUUGGUUGAGAAGGCUGGUUCUGGUGAAACGGCAACGUCUUCCGUUGCCAUACCAAGUUUUACAUCGUUUGACUCUACAUCGGAGCUGUGGCACGACUAUUGGUCGAGGUUUACUACGUUCACACGGGCAUGCUGUACCAGAAACGAGGUUGGCUCAAGUUUUUUUGACCAACCAAACGACCACUACCUACAAGCUUCUGUCCAAUAUAUUGGAGCCUUUAUGAAGCAACAGUUCGACCCGAAGCAAUUUGUAAUUCGGGAACGUUUCAAGGUUUGGAGCAACAUGCAACGAAAACCUGGGGAAACAGUGCAAGAAUUGGCUGCACGCAUUCGCCAGGACGCGGGCACGUGUGAUUUUCCCUCGAUACAAAACCCGCUUGACGAGGCAUUGCGAACGAGGUUCAUUUGCUCCAUAUCCAACGAAGCGGUGCUGAAGGCAAUUUUUAAAGUUAACGCUGAUGAGCUGACAUUUACGCGUGCUGUUGAAAUUGCCACGCAAACUGAAGAAGCUGCAAAGGUUGCCAAGGAGACCGUUUAUGGAACGCGGGCACCUGUACACAAGGUACGAGAAGCAAAGAAAACUUCUGUCGUCUCACCCGCUACGAAGCAAGCCUAUAAAAAGAAAAUUCGUUGCUAUCGAUGCGGGAAAGCCGAUCAUCUUGCCCCUGCUUGCCAUUAUAAAACGGCCAAGUGCAAUUAUUGCAAAAAUGUGGGACAAAGCUGUUUGCAGAACGAAGCAGGCCUCCGUUGA